AUCACCAUGAUCGAAACGUUGAUAACGGAAGUUGUCUGUUGUUGCAGUGAAAGUCAUUUGACCGGUUGAGGAAGCAAUGUGAAAAGAGCACAAAUAUUUAAAAAUAACUGUACUCGGAAAAGGAUAUGGAUAUUAAGGAAAUAGAGUGACUCUGAAAUAGUUAAAAUAUAAAUAAUAGUGAAAUUAAAUUUUGUUAAUAAAUUUGUUGCUGAUUGGACUUAAAGAAAAUACAAAUUAUUGAAAAUGUCACACGGUGAUCGUAGCGGUCGUAUCGGUGUGGUGAAAUUUUUGGAAUUGGGCUUUGCGAUAGCUUGUUUGGUGCUCCACUACUAUAGCUUUGAUGAUCGUGACAUAGCAACCUCCCUGUUGGCAACGGGAUCGUUUAGUGGAUACAUCAUUGUUUUAGUUGGAGUAUUUGUGGGCGCCAUGAUGCGAGCCCACAUUCAUCGACGCAUUGACAUCUUCUUCAGCAUUAUGGGUUGUGCUCUGUUCAUAGCUUCGGGCGUCUUCGUCAUCGAAGCCUGGGAAUAUUCAUUUCGUACCAGAACACGAGAUUUGGCACUGAUCAAGGCAUCGCUGGCCAUUGUGAAUGGAGUACUCUUUGGUUUCGAUGCCAUCUUUACAUUUCGUGACAAAUAGACGAGGAAGACGAAGAAAUUUAACUGCCAAAGAAAGAGAUUUGAAAUAUUUUCUUUUAAUUAACCCUUUUUUAUACAUAAAGUGAAUGUUAAUUUUUUUUUGUU